ACAAAAAGCCACUGCUAUUUCGCCGUCCAUAUAUAACAAGGCACUCAUAUAAACCUCGAUAUUCGUUUUUUUCUUCUUCUGCGUUCUCUUUUCGCUUUCUGCCGCUGCCGCUAUGGCUUCUUUCCUUCUCUUGGACUAUGUCCUCUUCCUUGCUAGCAUAUAUUUUCUUCAACGUCUACUUUCCAAACGACACGCACCUCUACCUCCUGGUCCUCGUGGUUAUCCAAUCAUCGGCAACAUGUUUGACAUGCCCACCGACCGCCCAUGGCUAACUUUUGCCAGAUGGGCUGAAAUUUGGGGCGAUGUCUGCUCCCUGUCAAUGUUUGGUCAAUCUUUCAUCGUCCUCAAUUCGUACCGUUCCGCCUACGCACUCCUCGACAAACGCAGCGUGAUAUACUCCGAGCGUCCAAGUUUAGUGAUGGCCGGUGAGCUCAUGGGUUGGAACGAUAUAAUCGGCUUGGCUCCAUACGGCGAAACCUUCCGUGCUCAUCGCAAACUCCUCCACUCUGUCCUCGGCAGCAAGUCAACGAUACGGACGUUCUAUCCUAUGGAGGAGCAAGAAGCCCUGAACCUCAUGAAGCGGCUGCUCGACUCUCCAGAAAAAUUGCAUUCGCAUAUUUCUCAGGACGUCGCGGCAUUGGUCCUCCGCAUCACCUAUGGUUACGAAGUAAAAAAGGAGGACGAUGAAAUGGUGGCGCUCGUGAACUGUGCGAUGGAAGAGUUAUCGGUUGCCUCUACUCCAGGCCAAUUUUUGGUCGAUAUUAUCCCGAUGCUGCGUCAUCUUCCGGAGUGGAUACCCGGCGCGGGAUUCCAAGUCAAAGCCAAGCAAUGGGCCCAAGAUUUGCGUAACAUGAUAAAUAUACCUUACGACAUGGUCAAGAGGCAAAUUGCUACAGGCGAAGCCCCGGAGUGUUUCGUGUCAAAUCUGCUUUUGCAAGAAAACGAAGACGUAGACGAGCAUGACCUGAAAUGGGCUGCAGGCGCGAUAUAUGCGGCCGGCGCUGACACGACUGUUGCCGUUCUGGACACCUUUUUCCUUCUGAUGACGCUGUAUCCUGACGUUCAGAGAAGGGCUCAGGCUGAGCUGGAUUCUGUACUCGGAGGGGAAAGGCUCCCCACGUUCGAUGACCAAGAAGACUUGCCAUAUAUCAACGCUCUGUGCAAGGAGCUUGUACGGUUCCAUCCUGUCGCUCCCAUUGGCAUCCCUCAUAGCACUCUCGAGGAUGAUGUCUUUGAAGGGUACUUCAUUCCGAAAGGAUCGGUUGUUUUUGCGAAUAUAUGGGCCAUGACGCACGAUCCCGAAGUGUACAAAGACCCAAUGACAUUCAACCCUGAACGAUUCCUCGGUCCUCAUUCUGAACGAGAUCCCCGUGAAGUCAGCUUUGGCUUUGGCAGACGGAUAUGUCCAGGACGUCUUUUGGCUCAGGCGACUACGUACAUUGUAUGUUCUAUGGCCCUUGUGUCCUUCGAUAUAUCGAAGGUGAAAGGUGACGAGCCUGUGUUCGAUCCCACCCAUGGCAGUGUCAGCCACCCCGCACCUUUCAAGUGUAACAUAACUCCACGGUCAAUACGCGCUGCGGAGCUCAUUUCACACCACCAUUAGUUCCGAUGCUUUCGUACCCCCCCUUCCUUCCUUCUCGUUUAUUCCUCGAUCACGCCGAUGUCUAAUACUCGGACAAUUGCUCCUGCCGUUUCGUUCUUCGUUCCCCUGCGGGCUCCGCUGUUUUUUUGUUGCAUUGCAUUUGUAUACUAUCACCCCCACUCAGAUUACGAGUACGCCACUACCAUGCUCGAUACUUUAUCCCGUACUCUACGCGUUUGCAUAGCCAAUAGUAACAUAAAGUUACUACUUCGUUUACUACUAUUAAUAUUAG